UUCUCGCGUUGUUUUAACCGCCUGGAGCCGCGAUGUUUCCCUCAAAGGUGAGGCUGCUGCGGUCCAAACACACCUUAGCCAGCAGGUUGGUUCUGGGCAUCGAGACCAGCUGCGAUGAUACCGGAGCCGCUGUGAUGGACGGAACCGGAACCAUUCUGGGAGAAUCCCUGCAUUCUCAGAAAGAGGUCCAUCUGAGGUGGGUGUCACACCGUUUACUGUCCGGGUCCAGCAGACAUGGACGGGUGGAGGUUCUAGAACCCUGGUCCAAAACUAAAGUUAUUUCCAGGUGUGGACAGACCCCACCUAUAAUCAAAUCCGCGCAUGUAGAUUGUCUCCUGCUCCUUUUCCAGGUUGUCUCUGGAGGAGUUGCCAGCAACCAGUACAUCCGAAAGGUUCUGACCAUCAUUGCAGAGCGGACUGGACUCCGGCUGCUCUGUCCUCCGGCCCGGUUCUGCACCGACAACGGCGUGAUGAUUGCAUGGAAUGGAGUGGAGCGUCUGAGGGAAGGAAAAGGCGUGCUGGCGCCGGACGUGGACGUCAGCUACGAGCCAAAAGCGCCGCUGGGUGUGGACAUCUCAGCGGAGGUGAGGGCGGCCGCCAUCAGGCUACCGUCGGUCCGGAUCAAGAUCCCCGACUGAACCAGAGUCCGACCCGUUUCUUCUCUAAUUUAUUAAUAAACUUAUUUUCAUUCAAAGUUUUCUGAUUUAUUGAUUGUUUUUCUUCUCAGUGAUUAAAGAAAAACCUUCAACAUUUUCUGAGCUUCAAGUUAAUAAAGUAUGGCAGCAUAUGAGGGACAUUCAGAGCUUAAAGUGGCAAAUUUACAAGUAAAAACAACCAAAUUUACAAGAUUAUAAAUUAUUAGUUUAUAAUUAUUUACUUAAUAUCAUUUAGUCAUUAGUUAAAAUUAUUUAGAAGGAAACAAAUA